AUGUCACAACCACAAGAGCCCGACAAUCCCCCUCCACCGUCUCCCACAGCUCCGAGACCGUCCCCCCCGAGGCUAACGCCUUCUCCAGACGCGACAGAGUCAGAAUUCAAACUGUCGAGGAAACGUGAACGCGAGGUGUCAUCGGAGCCUGUGACUACGCCCACAGCUGGCAAUGACUCCGACCCACACCGCGAACGCAAGGACUCGCGCACCCCCUUGAAGAAGAAUAGAAGGCGGCUUGAUCCCACUAAGGAAGAGGACGACGGUCCGGGUUCGGGUUCAAGAUCUGGUUCUGGAUCGCCCCCAACGAUGGACAUCGUAGCGUCUCCCCGCCAGGAAAUGAAGAUAAAGGUCCGACAAAUCAGCCAGGGCGUCGAGGAUAUUAGUUGGAAGGGAUUUAAGAAGGACACAACCCCAGAUCAAGAUGUUGACGUACCAACGGACACUGGGAUGCUCAGCGCCGCCAUCGAACUUCCGGAGCCUGAGGAGAAGAAGAAAGCAGAGAGCAAUGCCAUCACGACGGUCGAUGACGACGAGACACCACCCAAGUCCCCCGACGAUUCAGCACUCUCUGCUUCAGUCCAGGACUUGAAGAAUGCGGAUGUGACCAUGCAACCGAAGGAUGACUCCUUCGAAGAGCCAAACCGCCUGCGGUCGGCCUCGGAGAGUGGGGAGAAAGGCUUGAAGCGCAAGUUCCUUGAACGGGGCACCAGUCAAGGCCCGUCCGAGAACGGAGACGUUGUUAAACACCCCUCCGAGCCAUUGAAGCGCCCUCGUGAUGCAUCUGAUAAGGACGAGAACCCUCGAGAAACCAAAAGGCCGUCUCCUCCUCCUUCGCCACCACGCCGCACGCCGCCUUCUCCCAAAGUAUCGAAACUUGGCGGAUUUAUAGCUUAUGCCUCUACAAGUUCCCCAUUCGCCUCGGUCAAGGGCCAGAAUGUAUUUAUAUCGGCCCACAAAUCUACCGCGACUCCACCGCCCUUCUCUCCCAGCCCCGCCCCUUCCCUUGCGGAACUAAGUUCCACGAACAACCCCUCAUCUACCCCCGCUCCCACGAAGCGAUCAGGCUUCGAAGCCUUCGCGUCAACCUCAUCGCCGUUUGCGACAGCAGCAGCCAGAGCAAAGUCUCCCAUCCUCGGUUCGGCGUCCAAGCUGGGUCGGGCCAAAUCCCCGCCACUUCGGUCAGGCGCUACUGUGAAUUCGAAUCCGUUCGCCUCUUAUGUUGGCCCUAGUCAGGGCUUCGCCUUGCCGGCGCAGAAACGCGCUCGUGCAGGGUCACCUGAUUCAUCGGCCCGGAGCUCCUCAGAGAGGACCCCAUCGGCACCAGCCAUGUUUGGUGUCUUGGGACAGUCGAGCAAUGGCUCAGAUAGUGGGGCUGAGGAUGAACAGGAGGAGCCGACCACAUUUGGGGAGAGGUUGAGGGCGCACAAGGACGACGAGGAUGAAAACAGGUCGGAUGAGGAGAACGGGAAAGUUCAGCUGACUGAGCAAGACGUGAUGACUGGUGAAGAGGAUGAAGAAACUCUGCACCAAGUCCGGGGUAAAUUAUUCUCACUGCAUGGCAAUCAAUGGAAGGAACGUGGAACAGGUCUCUUGAAGCUAAAUGUACGAGUGGAAGAUGGAACAGGUGCUCGUCUGGUCAUGCGGAAGGAUGCUGUUUACACGCUGUUGUUGAACAUUACUCUAUUCCCCGGGAUGCGCUGUUCGUUGGCCCAGGAUCCACGAUACCUUAGAUUCACUGCAAUCGAAAAUGGUGUCGCUACGACCUACAAUUUGAAGGUCGCAAAUGCUAAAAUUGCAGCAGACCUCCUGGAAGAGGUCAACGCUAACAUACCUAGUUGA